GGGGCCUGAAAUAGGAAUCAAAGGUCUUCUUGUUCUUUGAUGGUCUCUUUCUCACUGACUCACUCUCUCACUCUGUAAAUGAAGAAUCGUCAUCUCUUUCGAUCAGCCAUGGCUGCUACCUCCUCCAAGAUUCGUUCGUCAGUAAGAAAUGUGCAAACUCUUUCCACAGUCAGAUGGAACACUACAAAUGCUGCCAUGGCUGAUGAUGAUAGAUACAAGGGACAUAGUAUGUUAGCACCUUUCACAGCUGGAUGGCAAACCACUGAAUCAAACCCAUUGGUGAUAGAGAAAUCUGAGGGAUCUUAUGUAUAUGACAUAAAUGGGAAAAAGUAUCUUGAUGCUCUUGCUGGUUUAUGGUGCAAUCCUUUAGGUGGAAAUGAGGCUCGACUUAUUGCUGCUGCAAACAAGCAACUGAAUACUUUACCUUUCUAUCAUUCUUUUUGGAAUCGUACUACAAAACCCUCUUUGGAUCUUGCAAGUGAACUUUUGGGAAUGUUUACAGCCAAUAAAAUGGCAAAAGUUUUCUUCACAAAUAGUGGAUCAGAUGCAAAUGAUACUCAGGUGAAGCUGGUGUGGUAUUACAACAAUGCCCUUGGAAGGCCAAAUAAGAAGAAAAUUAUUGCAAGGAUAAAAUCCUACCAUGGAUCCACUCUUGUAUCAGCUAGUCUUUCUGGGCUUCCAGCAUUACAUCAAAAUUUUGAUCUCCCUACUCCAUUUGUAUUGCACACUGAUUGCCCCCAUUAUUGGCGAUUUCAUCUUCCAGGUGAGACAGAAAAAGAAUUUUCAACAAGGUUGGCUACCAAUUUGGAAAACCUCAUCCUAAAAGAAGGACCAGAGACGAUAGCUGCAUUUAUUGCGGAACCAGUGAUGGGAGCAGGUGGAGUGAUACUUCCCCCUAAAACAUAUUUUGAGAAGAUUCAAGCUGUCGUAAAAAAAUAUGACAUUUUAUUUAUUGCUGAUGAGGUAAUAUGUGGAUUUGGGAGGCUUGGAACCAUGUUUGGUUGUGAUAAGUACAACAUUAAACCCGAUCUUGUCACCAUAGCUAAGGCUCUUUCCUCGGCUUAUAUGCCAAUUGGUGCUGUUCUUGUGAACCCUAAGGUUGCUGAUGUCAUAUAUUCUCAAAGCAAUAAACUUGGUUCAUUUUCUCAUGGAUUCACGUAUUCUGGGCACCCUGUAGCCUGUGCUGUUGCACUAGAAACACUCAAGAUUUAUAAAGAGCGAAAUAUUCUUGAUCAAGUAAACAGCAUCUCCCCAAUGUUUCAAGAUGGUAUAAAAGCCUUUUCCUCAAGUCCCAUAGUUGGAGAGAUUCGUGGAACAGGGUUGAUUUCUGGGACAGAGUUUACAGAUAACAAGUCACCAAAUGAACUGUUCCCACCAGAAUGGGGAAUCGGUGCAUACUUUGGAGCACAAUGUGAGAAACAUGGGAUGUUGGUUCGUGUUGCUGGUGACAGUAUAAUGAUGUCUCCACCAUUCAUCAUGACAUCAAAUCAAGUUGAUGAGUUGGUAAGCAAAUAUGGGAAGGCAUUGAAGGAUACUGAAACAAAGGUGGAGGAGCUCAAAUCACAGCUCAAGUAGUAGUUGUAGUAGGUGU